AUGGCCGAAAAAAUUGAGUCCGCAUUUACGGCCCUCGGCCGGAUAGCAUCCGGCUCGGAAACCACGUACAAUCUCGAACCCAGCCUCUUUCCCGACGGCGGAUUGCGCGACGGUGAGCUGAUCGAAAUCAGUGGCGAAUCAAACAGUGGCAAAUCUGUACUCUGUCACGAGCUGAUCGCACGCACCAUACUACCCACAAGCUGCGGUGGUCUCGAGCUCGGUGCCGUACUGAUCGAUUGCGAAAACAGCUACAGUAAGGCGAUGCUACUAAACAUUAUGGAAAAACACAUCCAAAACCAAGCCAACCCAGCGGUUGCCCGAACGCUUGCCGAUCCGUGCCAGCUGGAACGCAUCCAGCAGGAUGCACUGCACCGUUUGCAUCUAUUGGCGUGCUAUUCGUUGGAGCAGUUUGAACUUACACUGCUCGCACUGCCGAAACUGUUCAUCACGCACCCAGAGCUAACGGUCGUGCUGAUCGAUUCCAUAGCAACGUUCUACUGGAGCAAGUGUACGGCGAAAAAUCGUAUCCGACAGGACACGUACCAGCGGUCGUACUGCAAAACAUUCCGCCGGCUUGCGUGGAAGUGGAAAAAAGUGAUUCUACUCACGAAACCGACGUACUUCGGCAGUCGGCAGGGGCUAGGACGUGAUUUCGAGCCGAUGGGAGGAUCGCUGGAUGGUAUGAUGGGGUCAACACAGAGUUCCGUUUCGUUGGCGGGCAAUGUCAGUUCGUCCCUAAGUACACAGCCUAACGAGCGUAGAACGUUAAACGAUCAUCGGGUUGAACUUUGCGAAAUUGAUACUCCAACUCCCUCCGAGGAGGACACUGAUGGCGCAAAUGUUGAGCAGCGAUUCAGUGCGUUCAUCACGAUGGGAGACAAACAGAAACAGUACGUGCGUUUUUACCUAAUCGAUCAGUUUGGAUUUAACUGGCUGGAAGCCUAA